CAGCGCCGAGGCCUUCUCACCGGCGCGUCGUCGUCUAGGGAAUGAUGCCCUGACGCUCGGAAUUGUUCAACAGAUUGAAAUAGUUUCGCGUAAUUUGGGUGAAAUUAUUCAAAAGUUCCCGCUAAUUUUGUGGACAAUGGCGGUACCAAUGAGAAAUUUGAGAACGUUAGCAGAUGGACAUUCAUCUUAGCUAAAGUAAGAGGAUAAAAUCAUAUGGAACAGAAGAAGAAACAGUGCAGUUGGACACGUGAACUGUGUUAAGACAUUGUCGUUGCUGAACAAUAAACAUUAUCGUACACCUUAACCGCGAACAAUAAUUCCAUUUCAAAUUGGCAAUCUCAGAGCAUCAAAAGUGCUUUCGAUUUAGAAAAUUAUGGAAGAUCUCGAUAGGUUAUGUCGACUGUCAGACGAUAAAAAAUGGGAUGAAUUUCCAAAGAGUGUAGUUUUCGUAACCAGUAAUAAGGUAAUAAUUGGCAAACUGGCAGAGAUAUUGACAAAACCAGGGGAAAAUCUACCACCAAACGUUUUGUUUGCUAUCCUUAAUUGUUUGGCAAACAGUUGCAUGUAUUUUCAACAUGAAUCACCAGAGCAAAUUAAAAAGGAAAAUCCAAUUUACUUGGAAAAUCACUGCCACGAACUCUACAGAGAAUUAUCAACCCCUUCAUCAAUGAGUGGUGAAUUCUUUUCAUUUCCCUACAAUGGUAUUAUCGAGUGGGUGAUUGAUUAUUUGGACAAUCAUACGACUGAGGAUAGAGACGACCAGAGUGAAAUUGUCAGAGUUUGCCUCAAAUUUUUGUGCAAUCUUUCAACAUCUUUAGAUAAAGGAUACACAGCUUUUUUAUCAGAUCAAAAAUUGAGGAUCAUUAUUGGGAAAAUCCUUCACUGGAAUAACUUGAAUGUUCUCCUUCCCACCUGCGGACUAAUUCACAAUGUAUUAUUCAACACGACAGAGGGAAGUGCACCCUUCGAGCCCUUAUCAACCCUCGAAGGUCUUAUCAGGGCUGACACCAAGAAAGUCCGUACUGCGAAUGAUGCAAUCAUGAUGUUCCUUCAACGAACACCAGACUUGCUCGAUACAGUCUACGAGGCUUUAUCGAUGGAAGUCAAGUUAUAUUUGUUAGAAAUAAUCUAUCAGAAUGUAAAGGAGAUUGUCUAUUGCCACGUGUCAGACGCCAUAAUUUUCCCAGAGAAUACCAUUAUUUAUUUGAUGAACAGAUUCAAGAGGAGGAGUGAUUUAAUACUGAAGACUGUCGACUCGUACUUGAAUGAUAUGGAACCUGCUGAGGUCACUAUUCUUCUUGAUGUUCUGGGGGUUUUGUCGUCGAGUGACAGGAGACAGUGCCAUAUUUUGCAGAGAGACAGUAGUCUUUUGAUAAAUGCUGUCUUUUUGCUGAGGGCAAUACACAUGGCUGGCAAGGAGAAGAAUAAUUAUUUCACGCCAGCACAAAAAUUGAGUGAUAUUGUACCUAAUUCUUCUAAGCCUGACGACACAGCCUCAGAUGAUACCGAGGAUAUUAGAAAUCAUCCUGCGUUUGGCUUCAAGGCAGGACUAAUUCGAUUGAUCGGCAAUCUCAUAUACAAACAUCGAGCUAAUCAAAAUACGCUGAGAGACACUGAAGGAAUCGCUCUUAUACUGGACUGCUGUAACAUUGAUGGAAGAAAUCCACUGAUUCUCCAAUGGUGCAUUCUCGCUAUCCGAAAUGCAUGCGAUGGCAUGGCGACAAAUCAAGAAGUGAUUGCCAAUAGCGAAAAAAUAAAGUUCAUUGACAGCGCUGUUCUUCGGGAAAUGGGAGUGACUCUUCAUGACGAUGAGACUGGGAAUACCAUUGGAAUUGUGGCAUUACCGAACGAAAGCCAGGCUGAGAAAUCGCCUUGUAGAUUUGGAUAGCAUAGGGCUACUUGAUGUAUACCCCAACUGGCGCGACCUAAAGGAUUCGGCAGAUUUGACUGCAAUAUCUGUUGAAUAAAUAACCGCCAUCGAUCAAUAUCCUGUCAACUACUUGUGAAUUAAAAAUUUAUUUCUCUAAAAUUAUUGGUCACACAAAGGCAUUUUCGAUUAGCUACGGAUGGACACCAGAAUCGCAUAUCGAAACUAUUUACUACAAUUCGUAGAAGGUGGUACUUGAAUAAUUCGGAUGUCAUUUAUUAUUUUUUUUUCAGAAAAUAUUUGAACUAUAAAGUAGAAAAUAAAGCACCACUGGAAUAAUUA